AUGGCUCGGAUCUAUGCUUUGCAGUCCUCCACAUCCAGUUGUGAAUUGUGGAUGAUUCCCAACUUUGAUGAUGGAAGAGCCCAACGCAACAGUGCAGAAAUUUCGGCUAAGACGGAAAGCCAAGAUGCCAGCAUGACCCAAAGAUCAGCGGCCAAGAGGAAGUUUCUGUGGCGAGUCAGACAAAAAUGGAAACUGCUGGGUUUAUUUGAGAUUGAUCGAGAUCAUGAAUUUUACGAGUUUACCUGUAUGCUGAAGGAAGGGCUGACAUCAGCUGUCCAGGUCUCCAUCGACAAUCCACACAUGGGCAUACUCAGUGACCCAGACUUCGGAGCUGUACUGACCCAAAUACACAAGGGUUUUGAGAUGAGGACGUUUGCAGGACCUGUAUUUGCAAAGUACCGGUCCAUGCUGGGCAUGAGCGAGAAGGAAUACCAACAGUCCCUCAGCUCUGAAGGAUUCUACCUUCAGUUCAUCAGCAACUCCAAGAGCAAGGCCAACUUCUUCCUGACGAACGACAAGAGGAUUUUCCUGAAAACUCAGGAGAAGCGAGAGAUAAAGUUUCUGCUAUCGAACCUGCGGUCCUACAUUCAGCACAUGGAGAAAUACCCGCACUCACUGCUUGUCAAGUUUCUGGGUGUACACAGUAUCAAGAUUGCCCGUGGGCGGAAGAAGUACUUCAUCAUAAUGCAGAGUGUCUUUUACCCCGAUGAGAGAAUUGUUGCCAGGUAUGACAUCAAGGGUUGUCAGGUAAGUCGAUGGACCGAACCUGCUCCUGAGGGGAGCAAUGUCAUCGUGGUGCUCAAAGACUUAAAUUUCGAGGGAAACACCAUCAGCCUGGAUCAGCAGAGGUCCUGGCUGGUCCGGCAGAUGAACGUUGACACGGAGUAUCUGAGAAGCCUCAACGUCCUGGACUACAGCCUCCUGGUGGCCCACCAGCCCCUGCAUCUCGAUGAACGUCGCCAAAGCUGGUCCUUUGCAAACAUCAUUCUCCGCACUAAGAAGUCCAUGGUAAGUGGUGCUAGCCCCACAGCCUCGGUGGGUAGUCCAGUGCCAGGGCUGGUGGAAGAGGAUACGGCGGUGCUGGUGGCUGAGACAGUGAGUGGCACGGACGAGUGCCAUGUCAAGGAGAUCCCCGGGCCCACCGCGACCGUGGGAUCUGACAGCAUUGGCAGCUCGGAGCUCAACAAAGCGGACCCGGCCACCCAGAACCGCCGGCUUCUGCCCAACUUCCGGAACUCUCUGCACGUCAUCGACGGGGCGCAGUCCCGCUACUUCGUGGGCAUCAUCGACAUCUUCACCGUGUACGGCUUCCGCAAGAAGCUCGAACACCUGUGGAAGUCCAUCCGGUACCGCGGUCAAUCCUUCUCCACCGUCAGCCCUGACCAAUACGCCAAGCGACUGUGCCAGUGGGUAGAGGACCACACAGCAUAG